AUGGAACCUGUAUACCCAGGGACAGAAUUACCAAUGUCGGAAAAUGCUGAAUCCCAGUAUAUUCGGAACCACCAGUACACACAGAGGGUCCCAUCUUCUCACUACCCCGACGUCCAUUACAAUGGUUACAAUCAACCAGAUGUCCAGCCAGUUGGCGUUAGUUCCCAUCGUUAUAAGGAAGGCGAAUUUGCCAGCACCGACUUCUUUCAGCGUGUCGAUCCGCAGAUGUUCGCACUGCCACAGACUGAGAUUGAGUGGUCUUACAACUUGCGCCGAGCCGCACAGCGAAUCUUGCCAUUCCUCUAUUUAGGACCAUGGAGCUUCCUAUCAAACAAACAGUGGCUGAACAACGAGGGCAUCACGCUGUUACUUGGGGUUCGAGAUCAGCGGCUGGCGCACUCACGACUUUUUUCGGGACAGAAAGCCGCGAAGGAUGCGGGGAUUGAGUCUGACUCUUUCGACAUCGUGAACGGCCAAGAUCUUAUCUCGAGAUUGCCGCAGACGAUACGACGCAUCAAUGAUCAUAUCUGCCCUUCAGUGACUCCGGAUGGUGGUGUGCCGCUUCCGAGAAAGGUUCUCGUAUUCUGCGAAACGGGGAACGGUCUAUCCGCGCUGGUUGUGGUGGCGUACUGUAUGGUGAUGCUUAACAUGCCGUUGGGUCAAACAUUAAACUUCAUCCACUCCCAAAGGUUUUGCAUCGAUAUGGAAGAUGGUUUCAAACCGCUGCUGGUGGCAUUCGAGGGACUUUUGGAGGCUAAACGCGAUGUUGAAAAUGCGAACAGGGCUGUAGGCGCGACCUCGAAUUUGGCCCCUCCGAUGAUGACCCUGUCUAAGAAGCGAAGCUUUGCAGAUCAGCAAGAGGACGAGAAAAUGGACGACGACAUUAUGGAAGUAGAAGCUUCUUCUUUGGACAGGAAACCUCAGGCACCAUUUCAGGAUCGUUUGGGAUAA